AUGGCGCCGCUCUACUUCGCGCUGGGGCUCGGUUACGGCUCGGUGCGGUGGUGGAAGCUGUUCACGCCGGACCAGUGCGACGCCAUAAACCGCCUCGUGGCCUACUUCGCCGUGCCCUUCUUCGCCUUCGACUUCGCCUCGCGCAUCGACCCCUUCGCGCUCAGCUACCGGGUCCUGGCCGCUGACGCGCUGUCCAAGCUCGCCGUCGCGCUCGCUCUCGCUGCCUGGGCCACCGCAACAUCAGCAUCCGCGUCCGCGCGCCGUGGCGGCGCCGGCGCCGGCGGCAAGGGCAAGGACAGGGCCUUGUCGUGGUGCAUCACGGGGUUCUCGCUUGCCACGCUCAACAACACGCUCGUCCUCUCCGUGGUGCAGUUCAUCGUCUACUUCCCGGCUUUGCUGCUCGCGUUUGAGGCCAGGCGCGCCGGCAAGCUGGCCGUUGCGGAGGAAGCUGCAGGUGACGUUGACGAACGCGGCGGCGCUGUGGGUGGCGAGACGGCGGUUCACUCGUUCUGGCCGCUGGUCAGAGCGGUCUGGACGAAGGUGGCGAGGAACCCGAACAUCUACGCAGGCAUUCUUGGCGUCUCGUGGGCUUGCGUCACCAACAGGUGGCACAUCGAGACGCCGAGCAUCAUCCAGGGCUCCGUGCUCGUCAUGUCCAAGACCGGCGUUGGCCUCGCCAUGUUUAGCAUUGGGCUGUUCAUGGCGCUGCAAGAGAAGAUCAUCGUCUGCGGCGCCGGGCCGACGGUGCUCGGCAUGGCACUGCGGUUCGUGGCCGGGCCGGCUGCCACCGCCGCCGGGGCCGGGGCUCUCGGCCUCCGCGGCGACGUCCUGCGCCUCGCCGUCAUGCAGGCCGCGCUUCCCCAGUCCAUCACCACGUUCGUGUUCGCCAGGGAGUACGGCCUGCACGCGGACGUGCUGAGCACAGCGGUCAUCUUCGGGACGCUGGCGUCAUUGCCCGUGCUCAUCGUCUACUACAUUGUUCUAGGAUUGAUACGGUGUUAA